CUAUUUUCAUAAAAUAACAUGAAAUUAAUUUUUAAGAAUGAAUUAUGACUUCACAGUCCACAGUCAAACAAUAAACUGUAGAGCAGACUCUGGUUUGUUUGGGGAAGAGAUAUAGAGAGAGGGAGGAAGAAAGCCUGUCCGUACAACAAUUUGUUGACGCGUGGCCCCAUAAACGCGCUUCCUCCAUCCUCACCGCCCUAUUUAUUGCCCCUCAUCGCCUUUCUGCUCACCCUCCACUCUUCUCUUCCUCCCGUCCCUUUCUCUCUAUAUAUCUCUGGAUCUCACUCUCAUAAUCAUCACCCCGUUUUUCUGGUUUCUGGGUGUGAACUGAAUUCGACUGUUGUAAAGAAUCGAUCUUUUACUCUGUUUCAGUCUAGAUUCUCUGUUUUUAGUCUGGGAAAAAGAAAUUGUAGGUGAAGGAUCUGAUAAAAAUGGCGUCUUCUGAUAAUUUGAUCCCGUUGGAGCCCUGGGCGUCUCGCUUCGCCGGGUUUUCCGAUUCUUGGUUUUCCGAUGCGUUUUCCCGCGAAACAGAGACGCUGACCCAAGCGUUGCAGAAAUCGAUGUCCGAUACGCCGGCUGCGGUCAUGGAGGGCUUCCCCUUCGAGGCUGGUAUGCAAAUUUUUAAGCCGGAGGAGCCGCGGGUCGGGACUCCUUGCAGCGCUUCCGGCCCCACUGUCUCCGGCGGGUCGGAGUACGAGACGGCGGGCUCUAAGCGGCAGAGCUUGGGCGUCCACGGGAAGGCGAAGAAGCGGAGGUCACGCGCGUCGAGAGGCGCUACUACCACUUACAUCACCGCCGACGCGGCUAACUUCCGCCAGAUGGUGCAGCAAGUCACCGGAUUUAAGCACGGCGGAGCGGGCCAGAUCGGCCCGAUCCUGAAACCGGAGCCUCACCGGGCCGUCAACAGGCCGCAGCCGACCGGAUUCUUUCCCGCGCUGGACACGUCAUCUUUCAUGUUGGAACAGAGCAGGCAGCAGCAACAGACGGCGAGAGUGGGCGGCUCCGGUUCUUCUCUGCCUCCGCCGGCGCCGAGGACGGCGGGGGAGGCGAGCUGCCCGGCGGGCAUUGACUUUGACUAUUUCGCUGCCUUCCCGAUCCUGGAGUCAUGGAAAACCGUAGUGUAGCAGCGCGAAUGGACUGAAUGACUGAUCGACCCCUUGGUGCCAAGGUUAGAAAUGCAUUUGGAAAGGGCAAAACGGGAAACGCGAUCACAUGUAUCGGUUAAUUAUUAUAUUAAUUAGAGAAGUGGUAUACUAUUAUUUAUGAUAAAUUAAAUCUCUCAAUCUUUGGGGUUAAUUUUGGAUUAAUUCUUGAGAGAUCAUUUUCAGAGUAGCAUAAUUUGUACUAUGUUUGCCUUAUUUGCACGCUUACCAUGUUUCUCUACUUACAUUAGUUUCCAAAGCAUCCAAAUAUCUAUCAAAUGAUUAAUAUUAAGAUAAUAAUCCACAUCGUGAAUCAGAUUAACUGAUGGAAUGUGUUCAAAGACCAUAGUUUGUGAGAAUAAUGUAAUACUAUUGUUUUCAUUGUGGUUUUCUAAACAUAAUUUAUGUUAUAUCUCAUAUUCUCAUCA